UGCAGACGCGUCGGGGCAACGUCGGGGCGAGGUGGAGAGGAUGCGGAGCGAAGCAUUUGGUGCUGCAUUUCUGUCCGUGACGUCGUAGCUGAGCGAGAUGAUGGCUCUGGAGUGUACCAGAUGCCAUCCAUUUCAAUGAAGUGAAUCUCAACCUGGCUGUCGGACCCCUUUCCUAUUGCACAUCGCCGCAGCAUCUUGAAGUGCGGCGUGUUGUGCUACUUGCCACAACAGGCCGAACCUCAAGAUCCACCUCAAGAUUGCUGCCGUCUCAAGACACUCAUCGGAGGUGAGAGGGCAGCGAGAGAGGCAGAUGAAGCAUCGAACUGCUGCAAACCGAUCCCUUUCCGUGUGUCUGUUGUGUGGCUGCAGAUCUCUCACACCCCGCUCUUCGCUGAGGCCUCAAGACACUCACGAUGCAGCCCACUGGUGCAGCGACCUCGUCCCGUCCCCCCAGCCCUGCCCUCUUCCAGCCCGCCGACCUCUUUGACCUGUCGUUGCCCAUCAGCAAGAUGGCCGCCAUGGCCAUGGCGAUUGACGAUACCAAACGAGCCGCUCUCCGCUCGCAGAUCGUCACCCGCACUUGGCAACAGGAGCUGUUGGGCCACACUGCGGAGACCGUCAACAGCACCCUGCUCAACGGCGUCCAGCAGCACAUCGACAAGGCCAUCAGUCGUCUCGGCCUGGCGGACGUGUUGGCCUUCGACAUUGGCGAUGAUCUGGAGGCCGGCUUGAAGGCGGUUUAUCUGCUGGAGCGGGGCAGUGGCGAGGAGUGGCGGGCAAUGGGCGGUUCAUUCGGCUGGCAUUCAUCUACCGGCUCACCCCUGCUGAUGCGACGCGGCCUCUCCGUCUGCCGGCGGACUCACUGCCCACAGCAAUGGCCUUCCACCAAAUGCCACUCACCAUUGCCAUCUACAAGAUCAUCGGCCACCUGCUCACACACAGAGGGACCAGCCUGGCGCUGCAGCAGGCCGACAACGGGAGCUAUCACUUCGGCGACGAGGUGACGUUUCGUGUGGUGCCGUUGGGUGAGGUGCCGGGCGGGCAUCGCUACGCUGACGGCUACAAGCGGACCGAUCCCGUCAUCCGAUCGGAGUUGGGGGGCGGCACUCUCUACCCCUCCUUCUCGGCAUUCCUGCUGUCCAGCCUGCUCAAUUGGUGGUGCUUUGGAGGGGUGCUGGUGGCGGACAUCGGCCUUGGCCACCAUCGCUAUGGCAUCACAGAGGUCCGCAUCGCCUUGACCACCAUCGGUCAGCAGAGGAUCGGCCAGGGCCAUCCUCUGCUGACCGAUGGCAUCACAGAGGAUCAGGGCAUCGCUGUUGACUAUCACUAUGACGGGGGCGAUCUGAAUGAUGCUGAUGCCCAUGUUCACUUUCGUCAUGUGAUUGUGGGCGGCUGGCGCCCUGGCGACACCGUCUCUGUCUACCUGUGGAUUCGGUUCGGCGGCAUCCAGCUGCGGACGACCGAACGGCCUGCUGCUGAUCGGUCUCAUCCGCUCGCCGACCGCUUCCCGGUGUCGAUGCCCGUCUGGCGCCGUCUGCUGCGGCGAUUCGAUCUCGAAAGUGCCGUCAUCGACAGGGGGACGGUCUCGGGUGAGGAGUGACGACUGGUGUGGUUGGCUGGAAGGGGACUGAGUGAUUUGAAAUGGGUGAUUGACUGCAUGCCAUGGGUGGAUGGGCGAAUAUUCUAGUCGUUUUUGCCAGACUCAUGGACCACAAUGAUCAACGAAAU